UGUUUUAACUGGAAAGUGGAACGAAAGUGUCCUUUAUUCUCCUUCAACUUUGUAGAAUCUUAUUAUCUUCUACGUUUUGGACAACGACAGAUUCGUUGAGUGAUUACAAGCAUCAAUACUGCAACCGACUUGGCCUCCUACACUUCUCUAUACUCUGUACUCUGGACCUUCCUUUCUUGUUCGUAGUUUCAGAUCUGCAUAGCAACAUGGGUUUGGCAAUUUCCCGGUUUUUAAAGCUGUUCUUUGUGAAAAAAGAGAUGAGGAUUUUGAUGGUUGGUCUUGACGCUGCCGGGAAAACCACCAUCCUGUACAAGCUGAAACUUGGAGAGAUCAUUACCACCAUACCCACUAUUGGUUUUAAUGUGGAAACUGUGGAAUACAAAAAUGUGAGCUUCACAGUUUGGGAUGUAGGAGGGCAGGAUAAGAUCAGGCCCUUGUGGAGACACUAUUUUCAGAAUACCCAAGGUCUGAUAUUUGUUGUGGACAGUAAUGACAAGGAGAGAAUUUUGGAAGCCAGAGAUGAGCUUCAUCGGAUGCUCAAUGAGGCCGAGCUACGUGAUGCAACACUUCUUGUGUUUGCCAACAAGCAAGACCUUCCGAAUGCUAUGAGCGUUUCUGAAAUCACUGAUAAACUUGGCCUGCACUCGCUCCGUCAGCGCCGCUGGUAUAUCCAGAGCACUUGUGCCACAUCUGGGCAAGGACUCUACGAGGGCCUCGAUUGGCUAUCCAGCAAUAUCUCUAGCAAGGCUCAUUAAUCUGAAGCACUGUUCUUGAAGGGCUGGCCACGUUAUCUUUUCCCCACAUCUCAAUUUAGUCCAAAAGUUGCUUUGAUUGUUCCUAAGGAAGCUGAGGAUAAAACCAUAUUAGCCAAGUAUGCGUGUAGCUGAACUUUAUGUGCUAUGUCAUUUGCAAGGGUGAAAACUUAAAGAUUACUCCUUAUUACAUUAAAAUAUAGACUUUGAUUAUUUGUGUAAAAAUAAUAAUAUAAAAUAUAAAAUGAAUUGUCUA